CCUCCCCCUGAGUCCCCUCCUCGGAAGUAGACGCAUCAGUCUAUUCCGUUCUUUUAUUUUUAUAUAUUUUUUACAUCAACCCCUUUUCCCUAACACGAACCACCAUGGACAACAGGAUGGAUGAUUAAACUGAAGAACGGGUCCCCGAUUUCACCCCCAUAUUUAUCCUCGGACUGAGUGGACCGGAUGAAAUCCAACUGUGGUGUUCUCCGCUUCGCAGGGGAGGUAGCUGUGUCCAGUGGGGAGGUAGGCUCAACCAGGGGGAAGAAUGAAGUUCUUGGAACCCUGGGGACGCCAGAGGCUGUCUUUUCUUCUGGAAAAGGCCGCCUCUAGGGAAGCCCAGAUGUGGAAGAUCUACGUGCCGAAGAAGCCCUCCCCACAGGCCCGUCCAAAGUACCUGCGCUGCAUCGCCAUCACCUGCUUCUUCCUGGCUGCUAAGACCUGUGAGGAGGAUGAGCGUGUGCCCUCUCUGAAAGACAUGGCUGCCUCCAGCAGCUGUGGCUGUUCCCCAUCAGAGAUCCUGAGGAUGGAGAGGAUCAUCCUGGACAAACUGAACUGGGAUCUGCACACCGCCACCGCGCUGGACUUCCUGCACAUCUUCCAUGCGAUGGUGUUGUCGUGCCGUUCGGGGUUUUUGGACUCCAUGUUGGGACUGAACCGCUCUCAGCACCUCACACGGCGACUCUACCACUGUCUGGCCGACCACACGCUCACACAGCUCAGAGGAUCCAUGCUGGCCUUGGCCCUCGUCACCCUGGAGCUGGAGACCUGCUGUCCUGACUGGCUGGCUCUUACCAUAGACCUGCUGAGGAAGGCACAGAUCGACAGCUCCGAGUUGAUUCGGAGUCGAGAGCUGGUGGCUCGUAGUCUGUCCACACUGAGGGCUUCCCUGCCUCCAAACACUGUCUACAUCUACCAACCCCUUCAGAGCCGGACCACCCUGCAGCCUCCGGCUCAGGACCCCGCUCUCCCCUGCUGCACACUGGGGAUCAUCACCUCCACCACUGAGUCUUCCAGGGACCAUGCCCUCGCCACCGCCACCCCUGCCCAGCUAAAGAGCACUGCUGGUGGGGAGGAGAGGAGCCUGCAGCCCUGGAUCUCCAUCUCCUCCACCACCAACAAGAGCAGCAUCCCAAUUCUAGUCCCUCCACCCAAACACCUCUGCCCCCUUAAGGUCACACUGCGCUGCAAGGCGUCCGCCAAGCGCAAGGUGGAGGAGAUGGAGGUGGACGACUUCUACGAUUGCAUCAAACGGCUCUACAACGAAGAUAUCACCACCACCGCCGUCCACGAGGGGGCAACACUUUCGAAGGGAGCGGUAGGAGGAGGAGGAGGUCUGGGUGUCUGCAGUGUCCUGUUGACCCGACAGGAAGGCAGCUCUACCCCCUGCCCGCCUCUGCAGCCAGUCAGUGCCUCCUAGAGACCAAACAGAAGCCUGUUAACCAAAACCACCUUCACACUGACAUCCUCCGUCACUUUCAGAGGAAAGUCCUCAAUCAGAGACGGGCAACUCUCUCAGCAAUGGGCAACGUUGAUUAAGAGAGAUUUUAAUGUUUCCAUUUGCAUUAAUUAAAAAAAGCAGCUCCUGAGGAGACGUUGCCGGGUAAAAUGAACCUUUACAUCGCUGCUGUUGAACUGCAGUAGAACUCGUUGAUCUUAUAAUAAACAUAAAGCAGCGAUAACGGAUGAUUUCAGAGGAUAAGGUGGUUUUGGUUUCAGUGCAAAUGACCCCAGCGUGACCCCGAGCUGUUCAGCUGUCCUGAGGUCAGUUCCCAUCAGCCCCUGCAGCAGGAAAACAGAGCCCAAAAAAAGUUAAACAUUCAAAAAAUAAAAAAGUGCUGCUACUAUCCUAUUAAUUCUAUUUGUUCAAAUACACUAUAACAAAAGGUUAAAAAAAUACAUAAAUAGAAAAGUUACCUUUUUUUAAAAAAUAAAUAAAUAAAAAAAAAAACUAGAAUGGAUUCCCUCCCCCCCUCGUGUCUCUCUGUCCUGUUUCCAAAGGUCAUCGUUCGUCAACUUAUUUUUGUUGUUCACAUCUUAAACUUUCAUGUCAUAUAUUUAUGUUUUUCAUUCCAUGUCCCUCCCUGUCCUUCAUCCCUCUGCAUGUGUUCAUAGAGUCUGAUCUAAAUGUGUUCUCUGUAUCACGCAGCCGGAUAGAAAAAAACUUUUUGUUGUUUUUCUUUUAGUGAAGUGCAAUUUGAUUGUCAAUAAGAUGCUAAUAUCGAUAUCCCUCCUAUGAAUCUGUUCCCCUCCCUCAGCUUGUUGUGACGGCUUGACUGAAUGAACGUUUCUCAGGUUGUUUUAUUGCCCCGCAAACUAAACGUCUUUGAAGCUGCCGCUUGAAUCUGGCUUUAGUGCUCGUGCAGCGACACCGAGAGAUGUUGAUCAUUUCCUAAUAAUGCACCCGCUCUCAGCUAAAAACCCCAAAAGUCGUUUUCUAACGAAAACAUCCAGAUAUUCUGAACUUUGUUGUCCUCGUACCAACAGGUCCCUGGUAACAAUCUGACUGCACGUGGUCUCUAUUGAAGCACCAAGAGGGAAUUAUUGUUCAUAUAUUCGUAUGUAAUAAAGCAACCUUGUUAUUUAAAGCAUUUGAUAUUAAGCUAAGAGAAACAUGUGGUUGUUGAGUUGGUGUCUGAGCUUCAGGAGGAUAAAGUGGACACCUUGAUGUUUCAAAAAGAAAAGAAAAAAAACACGCUAAAACAAUACGCUCUGUUGUUAUUGAAGUUCUGUUUAAUAUAUUUGUAUUCCUGCAAAAAGCUCUUUCCUGCUGUGGGAGCUGCUGGUGGCUGCUCUGGGUCCCUGAAUGCACCACGGCACCAAUAAAUGAAGAGAUAACAGUACAGAAAA